UCGAGCGAUAUACGGAAGUAAUGAAAAAUAACUAAAAUUAGAUAAAGAAGUAAUAGAAAAUCGUCAUUCUCCUGUGACAUUCAAUGUCCAUUGUCAAUUUCCAACCGAUUUUAAAGAAGCUCAAGAAAAAUAUCAGACAUGUUUAAUGGGUGUCAAAUUGUGCUGGACCUGACCACUGCUGUCAAGUUCAAAGAGAAGACAAAACUGAGAAAGGACAUCACUUCCAAUGGAGGAAUUGUUUCCUUCAUUGUCACUAAGAAGAGUACUCAUGUGGUAUGCAAUGACUCAGGCAAGGCUACAGACUCGUACAAGUGUCGUAUGGGUGUGAAGUAUGGGAUCCCUGUUGUGUCCCCCCAGUGGGUGCAUGCAUGUCUAGAGGCAGGCAAGCUACAGAACACUGACAACUUUCUCAUGUUAGGCGAGUCAAAGGCUGAUGGCCUUAAAGAAGGAAAGAUAUCAGCUACAAGAUAUCAGAAGAAGGAGAAGAAGAAGGAGUUUAAGUCAGUUGUCAACGUUCACGGGAUCAAGGCCUGGAGGGUUGAGGAUAAGAACACGCCCUCGUAUACAGAUGACUAUCAAGUGGCCAAGUUUGCCAUGUUCAAAGGAGAGAAGACAGUUAAGAGUAAGAUGCAGGCAACGUUUGCUGUCCUGGAGGUUCAUGUUGAUGAGGGUUUCCUGGCAGGUAACUCUACACACGAGUACAAGUACAGAGUAUUCUCCCAUAGCGGCCUGGUGCACACAGUCGAGAGAGGAGGUACAGGAGAGAUGGAGGCCCGGUAUUGUGGCAGUGUGGAGCAGGCCCUGGCAGUGUACAGUCACCUUUACGAGGAACAAGAGCGGGGCCUCAUGGUACACACAUACCAACCACCCACAAGCAACGCUGGAUCCAUGAAGUUCAGACAUAUGAUGGGAGAACUGGGGCUGGAAGGUGGAGAGAUGUCAGAGAAGGUGGGGCAGCUGGUGGAACAUGUUUGGCUCGAGGCACUUGGCAAAUUGCAAGAUAUCCUCCUUACUGACAUUGAAAACAUCAAACUUGAACAGGUAGAGAAAGCAGAAGCUGUGUUGAAGCAGGUACGGUCAGCCUUGGAUACGGGGGAUCAGGAGAAGGCGGUGAAACUGGCCCAGACAUUCUACAGCACCAUCCCCAUUUUUAAUGGCUUCAGCAAGGAUGAGUGUAACAAGGCUUGGCUCUCCAAGCAACAAGAUCUUUGCCAGCUGAUCAAGGACAUGUUGUCAGUGAGUGAGGCGACAGACUGGUCAACCCAGUCAAGCACACAGUCUAAGUACCGUGCACUCAGGUGCCAGGUUACUAGUCUACCAGAGGAUGGGACAGAGUAUGAAACUGUCAGGGAAAACUUCUAUGAUUCAAUGAUUGGUUUCAGUGCAAGCGACGUCGAGAUCCAGGCGAUAUAUACAGUAAACAGACCAGUUGAGACCGCAAAUUUUGCAAACAGCCUGAGUAACCCUCAAUUACUGUACCACGCUACCAAGGCCAACAAUAUGGUUGGGAUUUUGUCCAGAGGUCUGAUGAUGCCACGUGUAGUAGUUGAUGACCACGGAGGUAAAAGGUCAGAUCCAGGCAUGCUCGGGUCAGGCAUCUAUUUCGCCAGUGCUGCAAGCACAAGCGUCAAGUACUCCUCUCCUAGCAACAGCAAGGGUACUCGGUUCAUGUUAGUGAAUGAGGUCGCCCUGGGCAACUGUAAGGAAAUGUACAACCGUGACCUGACCUUGACCCAACCCCCAGAAGGCUAUGACAGCAUACAUGGUGUGAUGAAGUCAUGUGAUGUUCAGUCAGAGUUUCAGGAUGAUGAGUUUGUGGUAUACAGUGUUCGCCAGCAGAGGAUUCGCUACCUAGUUGAGUUUACGACAACCAAGGACACUGUCUACCCAUUUAAACUACCGGUCAGUCUGACUGAACAAGCCAUGGACCAGGAUGACCAGCCUGGACAGAUCAGUCUAUCUGAUGUGAAGGACAUUAUAGACCCUAUGUCCAAGGUCAAGGCUGGGCUCGUCUCCAUAGAUGAUGCCCCUGUGAACUUGAAGGCUGUCCAUAUCAGGGCAAACCUGAUGGACCUAGCAUCGGAGGUGGUGGUUCUGCAGCAGUAUGAGAACACCAGUAAGGUCCAGGUGGAGGCAAAGUAUGUGUUCCCGCUGGGAGAAAUGGCUGCCGUGUGUGGCUUUGAGGCAUUCAUCAAUGGCAAACACAUCAUAGGAGAGGUGAAGGAGAAGGAGACAGCCCACAGGGAAUACAAGAAGGCUGUCAGUGAGGGACAUGGGGCAUACCUUAUGGACCAGGAUGAGGAAACACCGGAUGUGUUUACAGUGAGUGUUGGUAAUUUGCCGGCAGGAGCAACUGUGCUUAUUAAGAUCACCUAUGUCGCCGAGCUGCAGGUUGAGGGCGAGCUCAUCAGCUUCCGCCUCCCGGGCUCCGUCGCCCCCUGGAAGAAAGACUCCCUCAAGGAAGUAACUCAGGAGCAGACUGGUACUUUUGAAGUACUGCAGGGUGAGACAAGUGUACAGAUAUCCGUGGAUAUGCCAUUUGACAUCCGGUCAUUAGAGUGCCCCUCACACAAUGUCAAAAUGAAGCGUACGUUGACUAAGGCGACGGUGGAGAUGUUACCUGAGCAGUCUAUAGCAGACGGGUUUCAGCUGCUUAUUGGGCUGGCAGAGAUACAUGUGCCCAGAAUGUGGGUAGAGAGAAAGACAGGAGACACAAACCAUCAGGCAUGCAUGCUGACAUUCUACCCACAGUUUGAGGCUUGUGAGUCUGAGACCUCUUGUGUUACUUUUCUACUUGACCUGUCCAACUCCAUGAAGGGUGACACACUGAGUAAUGCCAAGAAAGUUCUCCUCCUAUCCCUCCAGCUUUUGCCUGCAGCCUGGACAUUCAACAUUGUUGUGUUCGGAACUGCAUUUAAAGAGCUGUACCCUGUGUGUAUGCCUAAGACCACAGCACGUGUGAAACAGGCUUCAAACUUUAUCAUGGGCUUGACAGCAACCCUUGGCAACACGGAAGUUAUCCGACCCAUGCACACAUUCUACCUGCUGAAGCCUGAGUCAUCCAUGCAGAACGUCUUCCUCAUCUCUGAUGGACACGUGAACAACACGGACGUAAUAUUGGAGGCAGCCAGGCGGAAUGCAGAACAUACAAGGAUUUUUACCAUGGGUGUCAGCUCGACAGCAGACACCCACAUGUUGAGAUCCCUGGCCAGGGUUGGAGCAGGGGCCUAUGAGUUCUUCGAUCCCAAAGUCAAGUCCAAGUGGGAGGGAAAGGUGAAAAGCCAGCUAGGGAGGGCAUCCCAGCCAGGGCUGACGUCUGUGCAUGUGAACUGGGAGCAAUAUGGGGCUGAUGUCCCGUCCCCUGUGCAGGCCCCUCGACAGAUCACAGCAGUCUUCAGUGGAUCCAGACAAGUCAUAUAUGGAUAUGUCCAGAACUGUACGAUGGCAACAUUACGAGCCCAGAUAGCAGGUGAUGAGGUCUCCACCAUGGUCUCCACCUCUGACCUCAGCAUUACAGAAGGCAAGCUCCUGCACCGUUUAACAGCAAGGGCAGUAAUUCGGGACUGGGAGGAUGGAAUGCUCUCCCCUGACAGGACAGACCAUGAGAUCAUGAAGAUGAACACAAAGGACUUUAUAAUUGAGCUGAGCAAGGAGUAUUCAAUUGUGACACAGUUUACCAGCUUUGUUGCCAUAGAGAAGAGAGACAAGGAUGAGGAGAAGAGGUCAGUGGAUGCGCCGGCGAUGUCAGAGCUCGUGGAGAGGGAGGAUGUGGACAAACUGCAGUACAUGGGAUAUGAGGAGGAGAUGAAGCCUGAUCUGGACUAUGAUAAGGAGAUUGCUGCUGUGCUGACCAACGUGAGACUUAACUUCAUGUCACAGCAGAAACAGGUUGAGUUUCUCAAACAUGGGUUCCAACUUCUUGAAGAUGGUUCGUUCAGGGAUAAUGAUUACGAGGCAUGGCUACAGAAGAAUAAAGAGCUUGAGGAGGUUUAUGAUGAUUGGGACUUAGAUGAAGACUUCAACUUUGAAUCGACUUUCAUGAGAAAAAGAAUGAGUCAGCCAAAGAAGCAGCCACUGAUAAAUGUGAAUGUUAGAACUUUAACUGGGAAAACAGUGAGUGUUGAUGCCUCCCCUCACUCUUCUGUGGAGGAGUUAAAGGCGUUGAUCCAGGAUCGCGAGGGGAUUCCUCCUGAUCAACAGCGACUCAUAUACGCAGGCCGACAGCUAGAGAAUGGACAGACCCUUGAGGACUUCAAUAUACAGAAGGAGGCAACAUUUCACCUUGUACUGAGUCUACGUGGAGGACCUGAUAAUGCUCGAGGCACUGAUUUAUGCAGCAUAUCUGACAACACUUUUCGUAAGCAGAGAAGUGAAGUGAACCAAGAGAGGGGUCUUUUUUCAUCGCGGAAAAAGGCAAAGAGGAAGAAGAAAAGUGUUGGAACAGCGCUGUCCAUGGAAGAACAUUAUUCAACAUUGGAUUAUUCAAGAUGUGGUUAUGCAUCCUUGGCUGAGCUAAGAAAUGAUUCAAUGGAACAAAAGAUGGAUCCAGAUGAACAAGAAACCUGGUCAGCGUGCGAGAAACUACAGGAGGAAGUCUAUGAAGAACUGUCUCCUGAAAGGUGUUUUGCUGAGCCGAUUCGAUAUGAUGAACAAGAAAGGAUGUUAGUGGCUUCAGAUGAAGAUUUGGAUGAAGAUUUGGAUGAAUGUAUGUAUGAGGAGGUCUAUGAUGAUGUCAGAUACAUGGCAGCAAGCCCCAACUACUCGCCCACAAAUCCUGCCUACUCACUGACAAGUCCUGCCUACUCACUGACAAGUCCUGCCUACUCACUGACAAGUCCUGCCUACUCACCAGCAACUCCUGCCUACCAACAAAAGCCAAAGGAAUCUACUAAAACGUGCGAUAUGGACUUUGAUGCUCUUGUCAUGGAUAUUGGAUCUGGGAUGUCCAAGGCCGGUUUCGCUGGGGACGCAGCUCCGACAGCCAUUUUCCCUUCCGUUGUUGGUCGACCUAGGAGUCGGGAAUCUACUAUAACGUGCGAUAUGGACUUUGAUGCUCUUGUCAUGGAUAUUGGAUCUGGGAUGUCCAAGGCCGGUUUCGCUGGGGACGCAGCUCCGACAGCCAUUUUCCCUUCCGUUGUUGGUCGACCUAGGAGUCGGGGAUUUCAGGUUGCCAAUUUAGCACCCGAACAUACACAGCAGAACCUUGAUGUAGCCAAUAAUUUAAUGACAAUGCCCAUGGAGACUCUGGAACAGAGAGUUGAACCUAUUGAUUCACCGAUUGAUUCACCGGUGGAAGAAUCAGAUGAUGAUCAGCCUGCAUCUAGACAAUUGUUCCAUAUGGCAGUUAGAGGUGGAAGAACUAGGCAGACUGCCCGCAAGUCCACGGGAGGAAAAGCUCCUAGAGGUCCGUCUCCAGAAUUGAUCGCCAAAGUUCUGGAACCUGAUCAAUCCGUGGAAUAUGAAGCAUGUGAACUCCAACCUAAGAGGUCCAGAUCCAGGGAGCGGGACAUAUAUAUGAAAGACUACAGGCCUGAUGUAUCAGAAUAUGUAGUACAACGGAAAAUGAGAUUUGAUCCAUCCUCUUCCCCUGAAUCCUCUAAGCUUGGUAGAGAUGUAAAAAUGUCAGAGGACACUAACCUCGCAGUGUUAGAGUCACAUGAUAAUGAUAAGGAGGAAAUGAGGAUUGUAGGAGGUGGAGCCUCUUCCCUCUUGAUGGAUGAGGGAGAAGAAGAGGAGGAGAAUGAGGAGGACGAGGAUAUGGGGUUUGGCCUGUUUGAUGAUGAUGCAGAAGAUGCUUUAGAUACAACCAAAUCUAAAAUGAAUUUUGGAGAAAAACAGACUGCCAUCACAGCUUCUUUUGCACACAAAAUUGAUGCUCAGGAUGAAAGCAAGCAAGGACCUCCAGCAGUUUCAUGGAGAAAAGUUGGUGAACCAAGAUAUCACUCAACAACAGCAGUAUUGGGGAAGAAUUCUGCAUUUGAAUUUGGGCUUCAACAAACGCUCAUGGAAAGAACAAGUUACAAACCACAGGCUUUUGGAGAAAUUUGUUCAGCACCACCACCGCCACCUUUCCCUCAACAGGGAGGCUACUUUAGGCCCUACAGUCAACAAUCUAGUAACCUUGCUUCCAAUGGGCGUCAUGCAACACUACAGUUCACGCAAAAUGCAGAGCUUCCACCUCCAGGAGCACCGCCUCCUCCAGGUGCGCCUCUGGCUCCACAUUUCCGUGCUAAGGUGCUUGCACCACCUCCACCUCCAGGUGCACCACCUUCUCCUCCAGUUGAGCCUCUGGCUCCACCUAUCCAUGCUAGGCCCCCUGCACCACCUCUACCUCCAGGUGCACCGCCUUCUUCUCCAGGUGUGUUUCUGGCUCAACCUCUCUCUGUGAAGGCCCCCGCACCACCUCCACCUCGACGUGCACUAUCCAAAAGUCUGGCUCCACCUCUCCCUGCCAGGGCAGCUGCACCACCUCCCACUCGAGGUGCCCCUUCCCCAACUCUAGGUGCAUCUCUGCGCCAAGCUCUCUCAACUGGGACCCCGGCACCACCUCCUACUGGACCUGCUGGCUUGAAAGCUCCACCUCUACAAAAAUUUGCUUCCUGUUCUGUAGUCUCUUACGAACCAAAGGCUGCAGUCAUGGGUGGGGGAGCUGGAGUAAUACCAUUGUCAUCGAAGGCUAUACCGAGAGAUAGGGAGAAAGUUGAAUCCCAAACGAGGAAAUAUAAACCCAAUGAGAGGAUGGCACUUGCACAUAAACUGACAAGUACAGCAGAUUCAAGAGAGAAAUCGGCUCAGCUGCUGUUGUUGGAUGUAACGCCGUUGUCCCUGGGGGUUGAGGUGAUGGGCGGGGUCAUGCGUGUCAUUAUACCAAGAAAUAGCACCAUCCCGACUAAGAAGAAUUUGAUGUUCUACCCUCCUAAUGACAGCAAUGGGGAAGUUGUAGUGAAUGUUUAUGAAGGAGAGCGCCCACAUGUUGUGGACAACCACCAUCUCGGCGUUGUAAAGCUUGCUGUUUCCACACCAAGAACGUCUGCACCAACUAUAAAUGUUACGUUUGACAUAGAUGCAAAUGGAAUUUUGCGUGUUACAGUUAUGGAUACAGUUUUGAACACCGUUAACAGUAUCCAAAUAGCAAAUGAACAAGGUCGACUGAGUCGAGAAGAGAUUGAGAGGCAGGUGGGUGGAUCGGAACAGUCAAAAGAACUUGAUGAUACAGUUUGGAAAGCAAACAAGACAAACAUGACCUUACCAUCACCAUAUAAAGGAGAAGAGGUUCACCUCGAGGAAUAUGGAAUAGGAGUGUCUUUUAGUACAUGUGUCUCGGGAAAGUCAUCCUUGACUCUUGCAAAUAUCACACGAUUGUUGCAAUUACAAAACAAGGAAGGAUAUUGGACUUUCACUCCAGAACUUGAGAAAAUAAUUGGAAUUAACUUCUCUGUUUGUGAAAGGGUAUUGAAAAAUGCAGGACUUUCCUCACUUGGUUCCAAAGUCGGUGAGGAGAUAAAGAGUCUGUUGUUGACGGUUAUGGUCGGGCUGUGUGUACUCCAACUUCUCAUCCCAGAGUUCUUUCCCAGCUCUUUCUCCAGGGAACUCCAACAAGCCUUACACGAGAAGUUGAAAACACGCCUCAGUGAGCUCGUCCACACAAAUCAGAUCACCAAUGAGCAAGCUGGUGAGCUAGCACAAAGCCUGGAGCACUCUUUGGCGUAUGGUAAUGAAGUCUACGAGAAAUAUCCAAUGGUUUGUUCCAUUUUGGAGCUUGGAACCUCAUGGGGAGCUAUUGGGGGGAAAUUUCUUGGAUUGUAUAAGGAGGACAUGCCAAAAAGCAUUACACAAUCAACCAUAAAGGAACAAACAACGUCAAGACAUGAAACAUUUGUUUAAAGUGGAUGGCAAUAUCACACUGGUGGUGGUUGUUGUUCACUACAUAUGCCUUGAUGUGUAUAAAUGUUCACAGAAAACACUCCUUGGAUGCAAAUGAUUUUGAUUUCAGAUAUCAUUUCUUUGUAAAAAGAGGGAAUAAUAUAGACUAGUUUGUUAUGAAUAAUUGUAUAGUGUACCACUUUGUCUACAACAACAUGAACAUGCAUAUUUAUUGCUGAUCACAUCAUAUCAUUAGAAUCUGCAGAAAGAGUUUUUCCAUAUCAACCUGUUCGUGCAAUUGUUAAUAUGGCAAAUGAAUGUGAUAUACAUGAAUUUUUUUUAGUGUUUGUAUGUUAAGUUUUACACUCUGAAAUACUGUAUACUUUUUUAUGUGCAAUUUCCGGUAAAUGUGAUACUUUUGUCUGUUUAUGAUUGUUAUCUGUGUGUAUACCUUGGUUUUGUAGCUUAACACAAACCAUUUAUUGAAUGUUUGUUGACACAUCCUGUUUAUUGUAUUUUUAUAUAAAUGCAGUGUAAUUGUUUUGCAUACAAUUCCAGGGGAUUUGUUAAAAAAAGCUGAAAAUUCAGCGGUAUUUUUUAUCAGGUCUAAGUAGGCGAAAUAUCAAAAUAAUUUUAGAUGCAAGUGUGAAAAAAUGUAUUCACAUAUAUAUUUAUUACUAUGAUUUUUUUUACCUUUUUGAUCAUACAAAAGUAUUUUAUAAAUCAUCAUAUUUUUAUGAUACACUGUCAUAUCACAUGCAGAACAAAAUAUGUCACAGGAAAAAUAUGUUUUCCUCCAAAGUAUAUUAGAAAAAUUCUGCUUAUUAUCAGCAAUGAUGACUUCCAGACAAAAAGAGAAUGGAAUAAAUAUUAUUUAUUUCUUCCAUUUCCCAAAUAGUAAUAUUUGUUUGCAUUUGAUCAUUAUAACAAAUAACUUUCUUGUAAAAGUCAUUCGUCAUUUGAAAAAUAUAUAUUUAUUGUUAUUCAUGAAGUUUUCUCCCUUGUGAAAUUGUUUUUUUACAUUCAGUUCUCUCACAUACUGUGGUUUCAAUUAGUCAUUAUUGCCUUUAGUAAAAUUUCUCUAAAAAGAAAUACUACUACAUCAAUGAAUUGAUUUCUUUAUUAUAUUAACGUGAACAUUACUACACAUGUCAUCUACGUAUCUAAAGACUGUUUUGAGUUAUUCUAAUAUAUACGUAUUAGUAUAAUUACAUUUGACAUGUCACGUCAUAAAUGAAAAGCGUGGAAAAAGAAUACAAUAUAUUGUGUUAUUUCAUGUAUUUCAGUGGUAUUAAUAGUCAUGUUUGUGUUUAUGGAUGUUUCUGAAUAGAAAAGAGGAUAUCACAUACUAAGUGGUCAUUAAACUGAAAAUGAUUUAAUUUGUUUAUGAAAUGGAUAAAAACUUGCCAAGUCUUGUUUUUAGAAAACUUGUUUAAUACAUUCUGUAUGAAAUGACCACUCAUGUUAUAAUUAUCUUCUAUUAUAAUUAUGGUACAACUCACAUUUAUUGCUCCUGAAUGAAUGUUUUUUCAGGUGUUUUUUUAUAUAACAUUUACCGUUCUUUUUUGUACUGGAUAAUAUCUUUGAUAUUUUUUUAGAUUUACGUGUGAUUUACAUUGGUUGCAGUAUCAUCGAGAGGUUGUGGUUUUCUAUUCAUCAUUAUGUAAAUACACUCUGACCAAAACUAAUACGUUUGGCGAUUAAUACAGUUAAAAAGAAUGAUUAGGCAGUGAAGAAAAACUCGAAAACUCAUUAUUACCGCCAGAUAUCUAGUGGCUAUAUACACAUGUAGGAGUGGCCAUAUACACUUAUCGGAGUGGCUAUAUACGUAAGUAGGAGCGGCUAUAUACAUACUUUUUUAAGUUGGGAUGGCUAAUAUGUAUAAGCAGCUAUAUACACAUGUAGGAGUUGCCAUAUACACUUAUCGGAGUGGCUAUAUACGUAAGUAUGAGUGGCUAUAUACUAGUACAUACUUUUUAGCUCACCUAUCACUUUGUGACAAGGUGAGCUUUUGUGAUCGCCUUUUGUCGUCCAUCGUGCGUCGUGCGUCGUCUGUCAACAAUUUACUUAAAAGACAUCUCCUUCUUAACCGCUGGGCCAAUAUUAAUAAAACUUCAUAGGGAUGUUCCUUGGGUGGUCUUCUAUCAAAUUUGUUCAAAGAAUUCAAUUCCAUGCAGAACUCUGGUUAAAGGAAAAACUUUAAAAAUCUUCUUCUCCUAAACCACAAGGCUUAGGCCGUUAUAUAUGGUAGGUAGGAUCACCAAAUGGUCCUCUACCUAGACUGUUCAAAUUAUGGCCCUUGGGUCAAAAUUUGCCCCGCCCCGGGGGGGGGGGGGUCAUGGGUUUUCUCUAUAUGUUUAUAGUGAAAACUUAAAAAAUCUUCUCCUCUGAACUUACUUGGCCUAGAGCUUAGAUAUUUAGCAUGAUUCAUCGUCUAGUGGACCUCUACAAAGAUUGUUCAAAUUAUGGCCCUGGGGUCAAAAUUGGCCCCGCCCCGGGGGGUCAUGGGUAUUCUCUAUAUGUUUAUAGUUAAAAUUUCAAAAAUCAUCUCCUCUGAACUUACUUGGACUAGAGCUUAGAUAUUUGGCAUGAUUCAUCGUCUAGUGGACCUCUACAAAGAUUGUUCAAAUUAUGGCCUUGGGGUCAAAAUUGGCCCCGCCCCGCCCCGGGGGGUUAGGGUAUUCUCUAUAUGUUUAUAGUUAAAACUUCAAAAAUCUUCUCCUUUGAACUUACUUGGACUAGAGCUUAGAUAUUUGGCAUGAUUCAUCGUCUAGUGGACCUCUACAAAGAUUGUUCAAAUUAUGGCCUUGGGGUCAAAAUUGGCCCCGCCCCCUUGGGGGGUCAUGGGUUUUCUCUAUAUGUUUAUAGUGAAAACUUCAAAAAUCAUCUCCUCUUAACUUACUUGGACUAGAGCUUAGAUAUUUGGCAUGAUUCAUCGUCUAGUGGACCUCUACAAAGAUUGUUCAAAUUAUGGCCCUGGGGUCAAAAUUGGCCCCGCCCCUGGGGGGUCAUGGGUUUUCUCUUAUGUGUUUAUGGUAAAAAAAAUUAAAAAUCUCCUCUGAACUUACGUUGCUUAGAGCUUAGAUAUUUGACAUGAUUCAUCGUCUAGUGGACCUCUACAAAGAUUGUUCAAAUUAUGGCCUUGGGGUCAAAAUUGGCCCCGCCCCGCCCCGGGGGGUUAGGGUAUUCUCUAUAUGUUUAUAGUUAAAACUUCAAAAAUCUUCUCCUUUGAACUUACUUGGACUAGAGCUUAGAUAUUUGGCAUGAUUCAUCGUCUAGUGGACCUCUACAAAGAUUGUUCAAAUUAUGGCCUUGGGGUCAAAAUUGGCCCCGCCCCCUUGGGGGGUCAUGGGUUUUCUCUAUAUGUUUAUAGUGAAAACUUCAAAAAUCAUCUCUUCUUAACUUACGUGGCUUAGAGCUUAGAUAUUUGGCAUGAUUCAUCGUCUAGUGAACCUCUACAAAGUUUGUUCAAAUUAUGGCCCUGGGGUCAAAAUUGGCCACACCCCGGGGCUGAUGGGUUUUUUCUAUAUGUGUUAUAGUGAAAACUUAAAAAAUCUUCUCCGAACUCACAAAGACAAGUAACGUCUUAAUUUAAACUGGAUAACAUAUUUAGUACACAUACCAAUUUUCAAUAUGGGCCACAUACAACAAUUAAUAACAAAUAUACAUAUAUAGAUACACACGUAAAAUCAAGUAGUGACAAGAGCUUAGCUAUUUGGCAUGAUAUAUCAUCUAGUUGACUUGUACCAAUAUUGUUCAAUCUUUGGCCCUGGGGUCAAAAAAAUGGCCCCACCCGGGCGGUCAUGGGUUUCCUUAUAUAUGUAUAUGAUGAAAACUUAAAAAAUCUUCUUCUCCGAAACCAAAAGGCAAAGGCCUUAGAUAUUUGGUAUGAAGCAUCGUUUAUCGGACCACUAUUAAGAUUGUUCAAACUUUAGCCCUGGGGUCAAAAUUGGCCACGCCCCGUGUUCAUAGGCUUAGGUUUUCAAUAUUUGUAUAUUAUGGAAGAAUGUGCAAUAUAUGACAGGUGAGCGAUUCAGGGCCAUUUGGCCCUCUUGUUUAAGUAGGGAUGGCUAAUAUGUAUAAGCGGCUAUAUACACAUGUAGGAGUAUGUUGCCUGUACCUUAAAACAUGUACGUGACUUCACUUCAAUGUUGAUUAGCAUGGGCUGUUGUCCACUUGUCAUUUCUAUCACAUUUCUCUUGGUCCUAAAGUAGUUUUUUGACCCUCUCCUUAAUGAAUAUUUUAUGAAAAAAAAGUGCCAUGUGCACAUGUAGCUCAAACAGUUUUGCACCUACAUGCACGAAAUUUAUCUACAUGUAUGCUAUUUUUUACAUUUCACUUGUUAAUCCACACUGAUGAUCGUGACAUUUAACGAUUCCUGAGUCAAGGCGGCAUCUGGGGGUAUACAUCACAUCACUCUAGCUCUAGUUUCUACAAAUAUUAUUACACUAUUUAUAACUAUUGAUAUAAUGUCAUAUUAUUAUUAUUAUUAGAAUUUUUAUUAAUUAACUAAAUCCUUUGUCAGGUUGUUACAUUUAAUGCAUUGUUGUACAGUUGGAAAAAUACCUCAUAUAGCUAAUGAUUUUUUGUAAUCCAAUAGCUAAGAAUAGAAAUAAAAGUAGUCAUUUGAA